UUCUAUUUCUCAUUUUGGUUGGUGUCAUAACCCAGCUAGGAGAAAACUUGUUCGCCUGUUCACCGUUGAAAACCACCUAUUGCUUGAUAGAAUGAAACAAAAUUUCAUUAAGUCACUUUGCAACUCUGGAAGUGCUAAGUUUGAAAGCAAGCUGUUUCAGUGAGGGCAAAUUGAAAGAAUUCCUCUUUCCUCUUUACUAAAUCAUCUUGCGAGUGCAAGGUUACAACCGAUUACUACUGUGUCUGACAGUAAUAAACGUUGGUAUCUCAUUCUGGUAAUAAAGGUACAAAUUUACAAGCAUCGGAUCCUCCAUAAAUUUUGGAAAGCUUCGUUUCCUCCCAGGAAAUUGUAAGUUGCAAUGUGGCCUACAAUCGAGAACGGCUCAUGAAACCAUGGUUUUAUGGUCGCAGCACACAUUGUUGGUUGUAAUACGUGAAUUUAAAUUAAAAGCCUUCGUUUAAUAUCUUUAAUCCCGCUCAGCUCCACAGGCUCGCCCGUAUCGGAACGCUUAUGCCCAAGGAUGCACACACGUGUGUCUUCUCUGAUUGGUGCUCCAGCUUCAUUCCGUAUUCGGAGAAUGGAAUGCCCAACGUAAUCGCCAGCGCCGUAGUUAUUGCGUGUUUGUAUCCGUUUGACCGGGUCUGUGUACCCAAAAAGGUGUACAUCUACGCUCCAGCUGUGACCACUGCAAAGCAAGACCACGCACGGCUGGAGUAGCCGGAACAGAACCAUGCGCCUAGAAGGCCUACUUGUGUUGGGGACAAUGGUUCAAAAUGCCCUUCUGGUAACGGUUAAAGUUGAUGAAUGUUUUUUUAAGAUUGUUUUAAGAGGAGACAAACCAUCAUCGUUUAGCAAAAACUCAAAAGCAGUUUUCUCGCUGAAAUCUCAACCAAAGUUAAUAAAGAAUUAUCACUGCACUCUGGCCACCAUUUGGAUAACAGUGAAAUAAUUUUCAAUGACGGUUUUGUGACUUAGAGGAAGAAAACUGCUUUUGAAAAAUUGAUGAUUGUUGAUGACUGAAUGAUAGUUAUUUGAGCCUUAAACAGAAAUAGAGGCUAAAAAUGAAAUGGACAACUCAGACACUAUGUUACAGUAGGUACACCAAUAUUGCUCGAAAAUAUCAUGUAGUGCCUUUUUUAUGAAUCAGUAUAUAAAUUUCAAACAAAGCAUUUGAAGCCGACUUCCCCCACAGCUGGCCGAAAGCUUUCUGUGGACGGCAAAUACGUUGAGGGGCAGAAUUAAAGCCAAUGCAGAACGAUACAUAUAUACGAGCGCACUGGGAAAUGAGAUUAGGAUAAACCGCAUCACAAAAUUCGUAGCAGACACAUAAAUGGAGCCAUGGAAAGAAUCGUUGGCUAUUUAUGCCUCCAACCAACAGCGACGACGCGCUAUGGCUGAAGGCAAAUAAGACUACGCAAAACUUUACCACCUGGAGAGAAUGAUCCAGAUUUUGGCCUCACGCGGAAAUAAGCAAGAGCCAGCUUGGAAAUUGUGCUGUAUUCACAGCAACAUCCCCAUGCUGCUUGUUUACAGAUGUACAUACAUACAGCCGCAAGAAUGUGGCCCAAAUGUCGAUAUCUAGCAACAAGCACGAGCAAACAUUCAUAACGGUGCAUAAACGAAAAUUAUCCCUGAGGUGCAAUGAUGCAGUAAAAGCUUUGUCCAAUGGAUAAAGAAAAACUAAAGAUUUAAAAGCUAAUGUAUGACUAUUUCUUUCAAACCUCAUGUGUAUGAUCAAUAAUAUGGAUAAAAGUAGACGUAGGCACCUACUACUGCUCUUCAUUCUCAUUUAAUUCUCGAAGAUAUACGGGUAUUUGUUUAUUAUCGUACAAAUUGGUACGAGGGUUUCAGAAUUAAAUGAAAUUUAUCUCACGGAUGGGGUUCAUUCAUGUAUGAGCAAAAACAAAAUUGAAAAAUCAAGGUCGCCUAAUUUUCCGGAAAACUCCAAUGGAAAAUAAACAUUUUCCACAAACACCACCUACUUAGAAAAUCAUAACUCAAGAACGAAGCAUCGUAAACACAUCUUCUUCUUCUUCUGUAUGGAUCGACGUCCGCAUUGGAAAUUGACCUGCCUCUCUUCAACUUAGUGUUCUCUGCGCAUUUCCACAGUUUUUAAUUGAAGGGCUUUCUUUGUCUGCCAUUGCAUGAAUUUGUACAUUGUGUGGCAAGUACAAUGAUACACUAUACCCAGGAAGUCGAGAAAAUUUUCCCGACCGGAACAGGAAUCGAAUCCGCCGUCUACGAAUUGGCGAUCCACAGCCUUAACCACUAGGCUAACUAAAGACACAUUUUCGCAAAUUUUCUCUGCGAUUGAAAAAAAAAAAUACAAAUGAAAAUUGUUUUCCACAAAAUUUUCCACUAUUAAGGAAAAUCGGUUGGAAAAGUCGGAAAAGCUAUUUAGGAAGUCCGGAAAAAUUAAGAAAAAAAAACAAUUUUGGAAGGAAAUUACAUAAGCUACACUCUGUGAAAUUUCCAAGAUGUGGUUUUUCUCCGUUAUGACCAAUUUUGUGGAAAUUGUCCAAAUGUGCUAUAUAAGCUGUUGGGGACAACUGGAAUGCGGAUAGCCCCUACCUAUUCCGCCGCCGCUGGACUCGCGGGCGACUGAACAUCUGUCACCCUUUGAUGUCGACACAGCGCAUACAUGUGUAAUUGUUAUGAAUGAAUGUUGUCCGAAUGUAAUGUAAAUAAAGUUAGUUUGUUAUUGUUCGUUUUAUCGUAACAACGCGAUUUUAAUUCGUCGUCCGAAUUAUAUGUUUUAAUUUGUUUCUCGCGCUAAUGACCGCAGUACGCGAGUUCGGCCACCACGUACGGGCGCGGGAUACAAAAGUGGCGACUUCGGGAGUGGCUAAUAUUGUGAAAAAUAGCUAAUUAAUUAGCCACCGUGACACCCACGGCGAAGCGGCGAAGGAUGAGUGAGGGUAGUGCUGGUCAAAUCCCGUCGCAAAAUGGGAACCAGCAGCCUCCGACUAACGUGCAGCAGCAGUUUCGACCGCCGCCGGUAGUGAAUGUGCCCCCUCCCAGUGUGAGUUUUCCUCCGCCCGGACAGAUGGACCCGUACUUACUGUGGUUCCAGCAGCAGCAGCAAAGUUAUGUUGCUGAACUUUUCCGGCAGCAGCAGGAGGUGAUGCAGCAGCAGCAGCAAUCGUUCAUGGCCCAGCAGGAACAGUUGAUACGGAGCAUCCUGACGUCGAUCCAGGUGCAGGUUCCGUCGAAUCCGGAGGCGAUAUUGGACUCGCUCGCCAGCAAUAUAAAGGAGUUCAGAUACGAUCCGGAAAACAACGUUACGUUCGCUGUUUGGUACAGUCGGUAUGAGGACCUGUUCGAGAAGGAUGCCAGCCGGCUGGAUGGUGAAGCAAAAGUGAGAUUGCUGAUGCGGAAGCUGGGAAUGUCGGAACAUGAAAGGUACGUCAGUUUCAUUCUACCGAAAGCGCCGAAGGAGUUCGACUUUCCGACGACGGUGAAGAAAUUGAGUGCUUUGUUCGGUGCUGCUGAGUCCGUCAUCAGUCGGAGGUAUCGUUGCCUGCAGAUUUCGAAGCAGCCGCAGGAGGACUACGUUUCGUACGCGUGCCGCAUCAAUAAAUCAUGUGUGGAGUUCGAGUUGUCCAAGCUUUCGGAGGAGCAGUUCAAGUGCCUCGUGUUUGUGUGUGGACUGAAGUCGGACAAGGAUGCGGAAGUGCGGCUGCGGCUUUUGUCGAAGAUCGAGGAGCGGAACGAUGUGACGUUGGAGCAGCUGUCCGAAGAGUGUCAACGAUUGUUGAAUUUGCGACACGAUACGGCGAUGAUCGAGGAGCACUCGACCGCCGUGAAUGCCCUGAGGACGAAUCAGCAGCGGUUCAAGAGUGGAUCACCGUCGAAAUUCCACCAGUCCGGUGGGGAGAAAAGUGGUUCCGGAUCAAGUAGCGGCAAGGCAAUUCCGGAAAUAGCGUGCUGGCUCUGCGGAGGAAUGCACUACGCCAGAGAAUGCAGCUACAAGAGCAGCAAGUGCAACGAUUGCGGCAAGGUUGGCCAUAAAACUGGCUAUUGUAGGAGUGCAGCGAAGGUCAAGCCCCGGCGAUGGAAGCAAAAUGUCGCAUCGACGAAAGUAGUGACCGUCAACUCGUGCAGUGUGCAGCAGCGUCGGAAGUACGUGCCGGUCGGGAUCAACGGAUCGCCAGUGCGUCUGCAAAUCGACACCGGUUCCGACAUCACCAUCAUUUCUUCGGAAUCGUGGAGGAAGAUUGGCAGCCCUUCAAUGACCGUGUCGACGGUCGUAGCCAAGUCAGCGAGCGGUAGGCAACUGCAGAUUGAAGGUGAGUUUGCAUGCGAUCUUUCCAUUGAUGGACGAGUGAUGCGUGGCACGGUACGUGUUACGAAGGAGGAGCUCCACCUACUGGGUUCCGACAUGAUCGAUGUUUUUGGAUUGUGGUCGGUUCCGUUGGACUCCAUUUGUAACCGUGUCAGCAGUACUCCAGCCAGUGUGAGCAAGCUACAGGCCGAGUUCCCGCGAGUGUUCGCUGGUAGUCUCGGGCUCUGCAAGAAAGCGAAGGUGCAGUUCCAGCUGAAGACCGGAGUGACCCCUGUGUUUCGGCCGAAGCGUCCGGUUGCGUACGCGAUGUACCAGGCAGUCGACAACGAGCUGGACCGAUUGGAACGUGCGAAGAUCAUCACACCGGUAGAUUUUUCGGAGUGGGCAGCUCCGAUUGUGGUGGUUCGUAAGGCGAAUGGGAAGAUCAGGAUCUGCGGAGACUAUUCGACGGGACUGAAUGAAGCGCUGCAACCUCAUCAGUAUCCGUUACCUCUGCCGCAGGAUAUCUUCGCCAAUCUUGCAAACUGCACGGUCUUCAGUCAGAUUGACCUGACGGAUGCGUUUCUGCAAGUGGAGGUGGACGAAGGCUCUCGUAACCUCCUGACGAUCAACACGCAUCGUGGUCUGUACCGCUACAAUCGUCUUCCGCCGGGAGUGAAAGCUGCGCCCGGAGCAUUUCAACAGCUGAUCGACACGAUGUUGGUCGGGUUGAAAGGAGUGAGCGGCUACCUGGACGACAUUGUUGUUGGCGGCGUCGACGAAGAAGAUCACAACAGAAAUCUUCGUGCGGUGCUGCAGCGGAUCCAGGAGUUCGGGUUCACCAUCCGAGCGGAAAAGUGUAGCUUCGGGAAGAGCCAAAUCCGCUAUCUGGGGCAUCUGUGCGAUCGGCACGGAAUACGGCCUGACCCGGCAAAAAUCGAAGCGAUCCAGAUGCUGCCUGCGCCGAAGGACGUCAGCGGAGUUCGUUCUUUUCUGGGCGCAAUAAACUACUACGGAAAGUUCGUGCCCAACAUGCGAACGCUUCGGUUCCCGCUCGACGAGCUGCUGAAGGAAAAAGGAGAGUUCCGUUGGACCACCGAGUGUCAGCGUUCCUUCGAACGGUUCAAGGAGAUCCUUGGUUCCGACCUUCUGUUGACCCACUACGAUCCGCGACGAGAGAUCAUCGUUUCGGCGGAUGCUUCAUCGAUCGGCGUCGGCGCGACUAUCAGUCAUAGGUUCCCCGACGGUUCAGUGAAGGUGGUUCAGCACGCGGCACGAGCGCUUACGAAGGCAGAGAUGGGCUACAGCCAGCCGGAUCGCGAAGGACUGGCAGUGGUGUUCGCUGUAACGAAAUUCCACAAGAUGAUUUUCGGCAGGAAGUUUCGUUUGCAGACCGACCACGCACCUUUGGUUCGGAUUUUCGGCUCACGGAAAGGAAUUCCGGUGUACACGGCGAACCGUCUUCAGCGCUGGGCGCUGACGUUGCUGUUGUACGACUUCACCAUCGAGUACGUGCAAACGGAGAAGUUCGGGAACGCCGAUGUCCUGUCGAGGCUGAUCAACAACCACGCCAAGCCUGACGAGGAUUACGUGAUUGCGAGCGUGAUUUUGGAGGAGGAUUUGCGGUUUGUAGCGGACGAAGCAGUAAGCUGUCUUCCGCUCAGUUUCAAGUCGGUGGAACAGGAGACGCAAUCCGACGAACAGCUGCGCAAAGUGUACCGGUAUCUUCGAGAAGGCUGGCCGGAAGAGGCGAAGAUCGUGGAUCCGGAAAUACGCCGGCUCCAUGGCAGACGAGAUUCGCUGUGCACCGUUGGGAAGUGCAUCAUGUUCGGAGAACGCUUGGUGAUUCCCGAGAAGCAUCGGCAGCGGUGUCUGCGGCAGCUGCACCGGGGACACCCCGGAAUCCUACGAAUGAAGGCGUUGGCGAGAAGUUAUGUGUAUUGGCCGUCUAUUGAUGAGGAGAUUGCCCAGUACGUGAAGGCGUGUAAACACUGCGCUUCCGUAGCAAGGAGUCCACCGAAAGAAGCACCCGUUCCGUGGCCACGUCCAACUGGCCCAUGGAAGCGAGUUCAUGUGGACUACGCCGGUCCCAUCGACGGAGUACACUACUUGCUGGCAGUCGACGCGCAUUCGAAGUGGCCGGAAGUGGUGCCAACACAACGGAUCACUUCCACAGCCACGAUCAGCAUCUUGAGAAGCAUCUUUGCCCGGCUGGGAAUGCCUGAAACGCUCGUCAGCGACAACGGGACGCAGUUCACGAGCAGCGAGUUCCAGCAGUUCUGCAGCGACAGUGGCAUCGAUCACGUCACCACGGCACCGUUUCACCCACAAUCGAACGGUCAGGCUGAAAGGUUCGUGGACACGUUCAAGAGGGCGUUGAAGAAGAUCCAGGAGGGGAAGGUCGGCGUUGGAGAAGCGUUGGAUGUUUUCCUGUUGACCUACCGCACAACACCGAAUCGACAGGUUCGCGAAGGUAAAUCACCGUCCGAAGCAAUGUUCGGCCGGCGCAUCAGGACAAGUCUGGACCUGCUUCGCCCUCCACCAGAGCGCCCACCGAGUGACGAAAAGGAAGGAAACCGAAGGAGCUUCUCUGCACACGAUGCCGUUUAUACGAAGGUGUACAGCAACAACAAGUGGCGCUGGGCACCUGGAACGGUGUGUGAGAAAAUAGGCAAGGUGAUGUACACCGUCUGGGUUGAGGAUCAGCGGAUGGUUCGAGCGCAUGUUAACCAGAUGCGCAGUCGUGGCGGCACUACACCAGGUAGCAGCAGGCCGCAGUCAGCACUGCCUCUAGACGUUCUGCUGGAUGCGUGGAGCAUUCCGAGAACUGCGCCGCCAGUCCCAACACCAUCCUUGUUCCCGACGUGCACCGCGGACUCGUCAAGAGAGUUCCCACCGUUGCAACCUGUGCCGUCUGCGUCCUCGUCGGUGUCUACGUCCAUGUCCUCGUCAUCAUCGUCAUCUAUGUCUGCUACGUCAGCAUCCCCGGAGUUCGCAUCGGCAGAUAGCGAACCAGUUACUCCGGUACAGCUUCCACGAAGGUCUUCCAGAGCUCGAAGGCCUCCGCAGUGGUUCGACCCGUACCAUCUCUAUUGAGAAGGGGGGAUGUUGGGGACAACUGGAAUGCGGAUAGCCCCUACCUAUUCCGCCGCCGCUGGACUCGCGGGCGACUGAACAUCUGUCACCCUUUGAUGUCGACACAGCGCAUACAUGUGUAAUUGUUAUGAAUGAAUGUUGUCCGAAUGUAAUGUAAAUAAAGUUAGUUUGUUAUUGUUCGUUUUAUCGUAACAACGCGAUUUUAAUUCGUCGUCCGAAUUAUAUGUUUUAAUUUGUUUCUCGCGCUAAUGACCGCAGUACGCGAGUUCGGCCACCACGUACGGGCGCGGGAUACAAAAUAAGCCGAUAAUUUAACCCUAUUAGGCCCAUAUAGCCGAGGCGGUAAACGCACGGGUAUUCAGCAUGACCAUGCUGAGGGUGACGGGUUCGAUUCCCGGUCGGUCCAGGAUCUUUUCGUAAAGGAAAUUUCCUUGACUUCCUUGGGCAUAGAGUAUCUUCGUGCCUGCCACACGAUAUACACAUGCAAAAUGGUCAUUGGCAGAGGAAGCUCUCAGUUAAUAACUGUGGAAGUGCUCAUAGAACACUAAGCUGAGAAGCAGGCUUUGUCCCAGUGAGGACGUUACGCCAAGAAGAGGAGAGGAGGAGGUUGUUGGGGUCAACAUGACCCAGACAGGCUCGCUGAACGCGCACGUCGUAGAGCGCCUAGCUUGACAUCCUAGGAGGGUAUAAAAAUCAUAACUUGAGAAUGAAGCAUCGAAGACACAAUGUUUUUUUAUGAAAUCGUAAGCAAAUUCUGUCCAUAGGGCCCAUAUAGCCGAGGUGGUAAACGCACGGGUAUUCAGCAUGACCAUGCUGAGGGUGACGGGUUCGAUUCCCGGUCGGUCCAGGAUCUUUUCGUAAAGGAAAUUUCCUUGACUUCCUUGAGCAUAGAGUAUCUUCGUGCCUGCCACACGAUAUACACAUGCAAAAUGGUCAUUGGCAGAGGAAGCUCUCAGUUAAAAAGUGUGGAAGUGCUCAUGGAACACUAAGCUGAGAAGCAGGCUUUGUCCGUCCUCACUGGGAUGGACCAGACGCCAAGAAGAGGAGAGGAAGCAAAUUUUCUCAGCAAUCAAAUACAAAAUGAAAAAAAAAUCCAAGAAUAAUUGGAUUCCACUGUUGAGGAAUAACGGCAAGAAAAGCCUGGAAAACAAUCAACAAAACCUGCUCUGCCAUGAUUCUUCUUUGACGUGUGUGAUGCUUGGAAGAAUCCUUGGAGGACUAAUUGUAAGAAUUUAUUUUGGAAUCCUUGAGUAAACGCCUGAAAAAACUGCUUGAGGGAUUUCUGAAGAAAUCCCUGGAAAAAUGUUGGGCAACUUAUUGAAGAAAUUCUUAGAGAAAUUCCUACAAAAACGCAAAAGGAGAUUCCAGAUUAAAUUCCUGAAGAAAGCCUAGGGUAAAUCCUAAAACAAUUAUUGAAGGAAACCCUUGAGAGAGUCCCGGGGGAAUUUCUGAAGAAGUCUCUUGAUGAUUUUUUGGAAUAAUCCCAGAAGAGUUUUCUAAAGCAACACCCUCAAAAUAUCCCUGACAAAACUCUUAGAACAAUCUCUGAAGGAGUUCCUGAAAAAAACAAUGGAUAAUUUAUUGAAGAAUUUCUUGGAGACAAAAAAUAAUAUCAAGAUACAUUCCUGAAAAAAUCUCAGGACGAAUUUCUGAAGGAAUUUAUUUGCAGGGUGUUCAUGAAAGAAUUCAUGGAUGGAUUCCUGCACAAAUCCGUGGAUGAACUCCUAGAAGAUUUCUUGAAGAUAAUAGUAAAAGACUUCCUUGUUGACUUCUUGGAAAACUUUCUGGCUCGUGUAUGCUUUUCUCUAAAAUUAUCUUAAAGAAUUGUUAUACAAAUUGCUGGAGGAAUUCUGAUCGAAAUCUUUAAGUAAUGCUGGACAAAUUCUUGAGUGCAUGCCUGGAAACGAUGAUGAAAGGAUUUCUGAAAUUUCUGAAGGAGCUUCUGAAUAUAUUUUUGAAGAGACCCCGAGAUGAAUUUCUGAAGAAAUCGUCAGAGGAAUACCUGAAUCAAUCCCUUAGAAAUUCCUGAAUAAAUCCCAGGAGCAAUUCCUCCUGGACGAAUUACUGAAGGAAUUGUUGGAUGUAUUCCUGCAGGAAUGCCUGGAGGAAGGUAUGGAAAAAUUCCAGAAGAUUUUCUGAGUUUCCUCCAGAGUUUCUGAGUUUUCUCCAGAGAUUUCUCCAGGGAUGCCUCCUGAGUUUCCUCUGGAGUUCCCUCCAGGCAUUCAUGCAAGAGUUCCUGGAAUCCCUAGCAGAGUUUUGGAAGGAAU